AAACAAUCUAAUUUAGCUGGGUAACAAAAGGGCAAAAACGGCUUGAAGACGGAUCCGAAUAGGGAUCCAAUUUCAUUCCGUUUUGACUGAUAUCUGUAGCUCAGUUGGAUUUCAAUCAAUUUAUGCUUAAUUAUCAACAAUAAUAAUCAUAAUAAUAAUGGCGAACGAAGAAGAUGAUGAUUACAUGGGCGACCUUUCUCAGUUCCUACCUUCCCAAUUCCCUUCUUCCCCAAAAAAGGUUCCAAGCACUAGUAGUAGUAGUAGCAAAACAACCACUAAGUUACAAUCUUCAAAAAAGAGACCGAAAAACCGAAACUGGCAAGAAAAAAGAAAAAAGAAGCAACAAAUGGAACAAGUUAAAGAAGACGAAAGAACGUUAGCUAGUUUAGAAUCCGCAAUCCCACAAUCCAACAUCGGGUUUAAAAUGUUGAAGCAAAUGGGUUAUACUCCUGGUUCUGGUUUAGGUGAUGGUGGGUCCGGUCAGGUUGAUCCUGUUGGGUUGGAGAUUCGGAGGUCAAGAGCUGGGAUUGGGCGGGAGGAUCCCGUCAAGGAGAAGUUGAGGAAAGAGGAGGAGUUGAGUUGGGAGAAUAGGAGGAGAGAGGAGGAGUUGAUGCUGGAGUUUGGAAGUCGGGUUAAGGAACGGUGGAAGAGUAAGAGAGUGGUUGUUAAUUUUUAUAAAGCGAAAGGGGUGUUGGAUCAGUUGGAGAAUAAAGAGGUUGUGGAAGUGGAGAAGAAUGACUUUGAUGAUGGCCAGAAAGAGGAUGAAGAAGAAGAAGAGGAAGUGAUUACCGAAGAGGAUUUGCUAGAAAUAUUGAUGAAGCUGAGGGAUGACUUUCGUUAUUGUCUCUUUUGUGGGUGUCAGUAUGAAUCAAUGGAGGCACUGUCGGUUAGUUGUCCUGGUAUAUAUGAAGAUGAUCACUAGAAGUUAAAACACCCUGUCUUAUUCAUCGUUCCAGGAAGGACUAACACUUAUAGCGAUUUUGAAAGAUUUUUGCAUUUGGGUAUAAUGUACAAUUGUUGAAUGCAAGCAAGAAAUAUACUAGUUUCCUAGA